AUGAACCGGUAUCUGUGGCAUCCCGACAACAACGACCAGAAAACUGUUUAUCUCCAGGCAGCCGGCAAACAAUACGAAGGCGGCGCGAGGCAUGUAUUGCUCGCCUGGUCAAACGGCACCUUUCAGUAUAACGGCAACCGCACAAGCGUACGCCAGAUCAUUCAACUUACGCAAGACGGCGCUGGGUACCACUACGACCUGAAUCCUGUGGCAGAGCUAUUUCCUCCAGCUGCAUUGAGAAACAACACGUUCUUACCCCUUGGCACCUUCACGCGCCUACAAAGAGACCGGAUCCUACAACUAGCUCAGAACACACCGUUUGUAUCAAAAUCAACAGUGAAUGGAUGCCGCGUGUGGACUCGGGAUCUACUUGAGGCCAUGAUGAAUGAAGGAAUGAUCUCGCAGGAGAUCUUCGAGCAAGUGGACUACGGAGUUCCUCUCGUGAAGCGUAUGGCAGAAUAA